CUAUAUACGAAGUACUACGUAUAUAUCAAGCAUUACCAUCUUAAAUUUCAACAUCCCAAACAAAAUGGGUAUUUUCCUCUGUAUCAUCUUCCUCUUGUUCUCAUCUGCUUCUGCAUCUUGUAACCAAUGUGUGUUAGCAAAAGCUACUUUCUUUCGGAGUUCUAAAGGUCUUUCUGGUGGAUCUUGUGGGUAUGGAGCCGUAGCACUGGACUUCCAUGGUGGACAUGUUGCAGCUGCUGUUCCUUGUAUUUACAAGAACGGUGAAAGAUGUGGUGCUUGCUUUCAGGUACUUAAUUAAUUUGUUUUAUUUCGAGGGCCUUUUUAUCAUUAAUCAUGGAUGCUACUACAAGUCUACAAGUACUAGAUUGAGUGAGCAGUAACUAUGGGGCUUCCCUGAGCCGAAACUAUGGGGCAGUCUGGGACACAAACAAUGCUCCAAGGGGGAAUCUGACUUUCAGGUUUAUCAUCAACUCGGGCUACGAUGCACGCUACUUCUAUACCAGUGAAGAUGUCCUGCCUGCCAACUGGAAGCCUGGUGUUACAUAUUACUCUACUCACCAAAUCAAUGAUAUUGCAUUAGAAGGAUGCGCUCCUUGUAAUUCCUGGAACUAAAUCGCUUAGGUCUCCUUGAGUACGUCCAUGUAUCAAAUUUGUUCACAUCAGUUAGCUUUUUACCUUCACCUACUCUUUUUUCACCUUCUUUUACUAGAAUUUCAAUUUCAUACUUUCAUGUCAUGAUCAGCUACAAUUUUAUGUACUCAACUAAUGUCAUGUAUCACAAAUUCAUAUGGAAUAACACUUUGUUGAAACCCAUUUUUUCACAUAUUAUUAGACUUGACAAAAU